AUGAGCUCCGUAGUGGACGCCCCGUGGGAGGAGGGGCCCGACGAGCUGCGGCGGCUGAACGCGCGCUUCUCCGGCUACGCGGAGCGGGUGCGGCGGCUGGAAGCGCGGCAUCGCGUUCUACAGGGCGAGGCGGCGGCGCUCAGGCAGCAGCAGCAAGGCGGGCGCUCCGCCGCGGGCGCGCUCUACGAGCGGGACACCGCGCAGCUCCGCGGCCUCCUCCUGCGCCUGCGCGCCGCCGGCGGCCGCCUGCGGCUGGAGCGCCGGCGGCUGGGCCGCCAGGUGGCGCGCGCGCGGCGGCGCCUGGGGGACGAGGCGCGCAGGCGCCGGGAGGCGGAGGCGGCGGCGCGCGCGCUGGCGCGCCUGGCCCAGCGCGCGGGGCGGGAGCGCGCGCGGCUGGAGCGCAGGGCGCAGGCGCUGCGCGACGAGGGCGCCCUCCGGCGGCGGCUGCACGGCCAGCACGUGGGCCGCCUGCUCGCCCGGGUGCGAGGCGACGGCGACCGGGCCGCCGCCGCCUCCUGGAGGGCCUCCGUGAGCGCCGCCCCGAGGGACGCCCCGCGGCGGAUCCACGGACACCAGCUCCGCCACGACGACCGGUUCCGAGUGAGGCUGGACGAGCUGUCGGAGGUGGCCAAGACGGACGCGAUGCGCUGCGCCCGGGAGGAGCUGGGCCAGUGCCGGCGCCAGCUCCGGGCCAAGACCACCGAGCUGGAGGCCCUCAAGGGGCUGAGGGACUCGCUGGAGAGGCAGUGCUGCGACUUGGAGGACAGGCAUCAGGCGGACGUCACCUCCUACCAGGAAGCCAUCCAGCAGCUGGACCACGAGCUGAGGAACACCAAGUGGGAGAUGGCCGCCCAACUCCGGGAAUACCAGGACCUGCUGAACGUGAAAAUGGCCCUGGAUAUCGAAAUUGCCGCUUACAGAAGACUCCUGGAAGGUGAAGAGCGCCGUAUAGGGUUUGGGCCAACGCCUAUCCCCUUCCUGGAGGGGUUCCCGAAAGUACCCCCCAUUUCCACAUACGUAAAGGUCAAAAGAGAAGAGAAGAUCAAAGCAGUGGAGAAACCGGAGAAGGAAACCGUAAUUGUGGAAGAGCAAACAGAAGAGAUCCAAGUGACCGAAGAGGUGACGGAGGAAGAGGAGAAAGAAGGAGGAGGGGAGAAAGUGGAGGCAGAGGGUGAACAGGAGGAAGAAGCCAAGUCCCCAGAGAAGGAGACUAAAUCCCCCCCAACAGAGAAAGAGGUCAAGUCACCGGAAAAGGCCAAGACCCCAGAAAAGGAGGACGUCAAAUCUCCAGCUGAAGUCAAGUCACCGGAGAAAGCCAAAACCCCAGUCAAGGAGGAUGUCAAAUCUCCAGCUGAAGUCAAGUCACCAGAGAAAGCCAGGACCCCAGUCAAGGAGGAUGUCAAACCUCCAGUAAAAGUCAAGUCACCAGAGAAAGCCAAGGCCCCCAUCAAGGAGGACGUCAAAUCUCCAGUAGGAGUCAAGUCACCAGGGAAAGCCAAGACGCCAGUCAAGGAGGACGUCAAAUCACCUGAAGUCAAAUCAGCAGAGAAGGCCAAGACUCCAGUCAAGGAGGACAUCAAAGCUCCAGCUAAAGUCAAAUCACCAGAGAAGGCCAAGACUCCAGUCAAGGAGGACGUCAAACCUCCAGCUGAAGUCAAGUCACCAGAGAAGGCCAGGACAACAGUCAAGGAGGACGUUAAAUCUCCAGCUGAAGUCAAAUUACCAGAGAAAGCCAAGACCCCAGUCAAGGAGGAUGUUAAAUCUCCAGCUGAAAUCAAAUCACCAGAGAAGGCCAAGACAGCAGUCAAGGAAGACGUUAAAUCUCCAGCUGAAGUCAAAUUACCAGAGAAAGCCAAGACCCCAGUCAAGGAGGAUGUUAAAUCUCCAGCUGAAGUCAAAUCACCAGAGAAGGCCAAGACUGCAGUCAAGGAGGACGUUAAAUCUCCAGCUGAAGUCAAAUUACCAGAGAAAGCCAAGACCCCAGUCAAGGAGGAUGUUAAAUCUUCAGCUGAAGUCAAAUUACCAGAGAAAGCCAAGACCCCAGUCAAGGAGGACUUCAAAUCUCCAGCUGAAGUCAAAUCACCAGAGAAGGCCAAGAUUCCAGUCAAGGAGGACAUCAAAACUCCAGCUGAAGUAAAAUCACCAGAGAAGGCCAAGACUCCAGUCAAGGAGGACGUCAAAUCUCCAGCUGAAGUCAAAUCACCAGAGAAGGCCAAGACUUCAGCCGAGGAAGAUGUCAAAUCUCCAGAAGUCAAAUCGUCAGAGAAGGCCAAGACUUCAGCCAAGGAGGACGUCAAGUCUCCAGCAGAAGUCAAGUCGCCAGAGAAGGCCAAGAUCCCAGUGGAGGAGGAGAUCACGUCACUAGAGAAGGCCCGGAGUAAAGAUGUCAAGUCGCCGGGAGCCGAGGAGGCUAGAUCCCCUAAGAAAGAGAUAACUCCAAAGAAAGAAGCAGUGAAGCCACGGGCCAAAGAAGAGGAAAAAGCCCCUGAGAUCAAAGGGAAGGAGCCGCCGAAGACAGAGGAGGAGAAACCCCCCGCCAAACCAAAAACGGAAGAGAAAAAGGAAGGCAAAAAGCAGGAGGCCCCCCAAAAGCCCGAGGCGGUAGCCGAGGAGAAACCCAAAGAGCCCAAAGUGGAGUCCAAGAAGUCUGAACCGGAGGACAAGACAAAGGCCACGGCCCCCCAGCCACCGGCGACCUCUGGGAAGAAGGGGGAAACCAAGGAGCUCGAGCCGGCUCCAGCCCCUGUGGAGCCCAAGCCCAAGGACCCCAGCCAGUCCGCUGAGAAGCCAAAGCCCGCGGAAGCCCAGGUGGCCAAGAAAGAAUCCAAGGCUGAGGAGAAGGAAGAGCCCAAGAAGCUGGAAGGGAAGCCCAAGGAUGAGGGCCGGACUGGCGGCCGGAAGGAGGCCGGCAGCGAGGCCAAGGGUCCCUCCAAGCCCGAGGCAGAGAAGGAAGCCCCCAAGCCCAAGGCGGAGAAGUCUUCCGGCACCGACCCCAAGGACAGCCGGCCUGCCGAGAGAGCCGCCGCCGAGCAGGCCAAGAAGGGGGACGGCAAGUAGAAGGGGGACGGACCCACGACGCCGUCGGCAGCAGCAGCCAAAGACCCUCGUGUGAGGCCGAAAGAGCGGUUCUGUCAUUUCGUCCCAUUUUAUCCCCCCCCCCCAUUUAUUCAAAGUGACGCUUAAACUGCAGGGAACCUUCCUUUUUCCGCACUGGGACUCUCGUUAGCAAUACAGCAGUGGAAAGGGAGAGAAAACUCCAAGAGCCUCCCCCUCCCCCCGUCCCUCCACAAACAGUGGCCAAGCAAGCUUCAGUAGCAGAACGUGAUGAUUUGCCAAAUGUCACGCCAACACUCGACUGUGAACGUGUCCCCCUCUUCCCCCCAGCCCCCGAAAUAAGUGCAUUUAUUUACUGUCUGUGCAAGUGAAGGACAAACACUAGGAUGAAUGUAGAGCGGGAAAUGCAGAGUGCCCAGGAGAGAUCCUCCGUAGGGAUGGCACUCCUUCUGGGUUCCAGGAGCCGUCUUCCGGCAGGGAGCUUCCUGCAUUCCCUGCCCGUCCCCCCUCAACCCCGGAGGCUCGCUAGCCACCGGUUUGGGGGGCCGGGACAGAGGUCAGGGGUGAACUGUCGGUUGCUUCCGUGCAAUAAAAUAAAGUGCUUA